GGGCCAAUGGCAGGCGAGCAGCGGGGCGUCCGGGCUUCCCUGCCGAGGUGGAGUAGGGGAGCAGGGGUUGCAAGCGUUUCGCGUUAAUGCUGCCGAUCAGUGCGGCGCGUUCCUGUGCUGUGCUACUGCACGUUUACCUCCGGGGAUCGUAAUAGAGCCGGUGGCCGUAGGACUGGAGCCGGAGCCUUUUUUUGAUAGGAUAGGAACCCGUCCGACCCCGCCGAUCGCUGUCGGUUCUUUUUAAAUAACGGGACGCCUCGGACUUCCUUUCGCUUCUGGGUGCCUGACCGGCGCACAGGUAACAGUUUUUAGCCCAGAAGCGAAGCGGCCCCUGCUGAAUAUGGACUUCGGCGGUGGCGGUGGGCUCCACAGUAAACAGUACUCCCAGUCGGAGGACAGCAAGCCUUUAUUGGAGGAGAUGUCCACGCCGCCGGUGGGGAAUCGCCGGAGCAGAACGGGCUCAGGGCCGUGUCGGAGAGCCCCGCAGCAUUGCAGCAGCGGGAUGCGCUACAAGCUCCUUCAGGAAGGAGACAUCCAGGUUUGCGUGAUCAGGCGCCACCGCACCUUCCUCAGCAAGAUCCUUGCCAGCAAGUUCCUGCGGAGAUGGGAGGCGCACCACCUGACGCUUACGGAAAGCUGCCUGCUGUCGGCCACGCCCACAGGCUACAUGGAGACUGCCGUAGCUUAUGGUGCUAUGGAGGAUCUCCAACCCCUGUGCUGGGAUGGCGCCCCCAAAUACUGCCUGCAGCUCAGCAUUCCUGGGGGUACCAUGCUAUUGCAGGCAGCCAACAGCUAUUUAAGGGAGCAGUGGUUCUACUCAAUGCAGUGGAAGAAAAAGAUGCACAAGUACAGCAAGGUUCUGAGCAACCCAAGCCGCUGGGAGGUGGUCCUGAAGGAGAUCCGAGCCCUGGUGGACACGGCGUUGACGUCACCCCUGCAGGAUGACGCGGUCCACCAAACGCCGCUGCACAUUGUCUCCGCCCUGCUGGCUGAGAACCCCAGCCUGAGCAUCCAGGACCACGAGAACAUUAUCAUGGCCAUUGCCCCUCUGCUGGAAAACAACACCCCCCCCCCAGAGCUGUGUGACCUCUUCCUAAAGCACUUUCAAGAGUGUCCGCGGUCAACGGUGGUUACUGAGGUUUUCACACCUAUGGUGCAGAGAAUUCUGAAACACAAUAUGGACUUUGGGAAGUUUCCCCGCCUUCGCCUCUUCACUCAGGAAUACAUCCUGGCCAUCAGUGAGCUCAAUGCCGGGGCGGAUGUGGUCAGGAAGUUCAUCCAGAGCCUGCAUGGUCCCACCGGGCUCUGCCCCCACCCCCGCGUCCUGCCCAACCUGGUGGCCAUCUGCCUGGCUGCCGUUUACUCCUGCUAUGAGGACUUCAUAAACAGCCGGGACAACUCCCCCAGUCUGAAGGAGAUCAGGAACGGCUGGCAGCAGCACGGUGACAGGAAGCCUCCCCUCAUUCUGAGGUCCUGCCCCUUGGAAGCUGGGCCACCCACUCCCUCCAUUGCGCUCCACUCUAGCGACAUCCUGGUGGAUCUGGAGCAGAACCAGAGGGCUUCAGGCGGCGCUGCACUGACCGGACUUCCAGGGCUCAGCAGUGAGCCCGACCUGAUCGACUGCCUACAUGGUGGCCCUGCCUUCGGUGCCCCGACCGUCCAGCUGCCCCCCCUGGCUGACCGAGUCUUGGGCUGUUUUGUGCUCAUCCUGAAGAUUCUGUCAGAUUAUGAUGACUGGAGACCAGCUCUGGCCAGUCUGCUGCAGCCAAUUCCUUUUCCCAAGGAGGCACUCGCACACCCCAAAUUCACAAAGGAGCUCAAGUGUGUCAUUCAGAGAUUUGCUCAGGACCCGAGACAGGAGGUUCACUCCUGUCUGCUCGGGGUGCGUUCCGGGAAAGACGGCUGGUUCCAGCUAUACAGCCCUGGUGGCGUGGCCUGCGAUGAUGACGGAGACCUCUUUGCCAGCAUGGUGCACAUCCUUAUGGGCUCAUGUUACAAGACCAAGAAAUUCCUGCUGUCUCUGGCGGACAGUAAACUGGAGUCCUGUGUCCUGCUGGCACUGAGAGGGAACAAGACCAUGGUGGAGAUCCUCUGCCUCAUGUUGGAGUAUGACAUCAUCGAGAAUGGGGACACCCGGCGGCAGGUGGUGUCCACGGUGCAGAGCACGCAGCCAGGCCUGCACACCUACAGCAAGCUGUGCGAGCGGCAGAGGGAGCUCCGGGAGCUGCAAAGAAAAGGAGGACCGGUCCGCCUCACGCUGCCCUCAAAGACCACGGAUGCUGAUCUUGCUCGGCUGCUCAGCUCAGGCUCCUUUGGGAACUUGGAGAGCCUGAGUCUCGCCUUCACCAACGUCACCAGUGCCUGCGCCGAGCAGCUCAUCAAACUGCCCUCCCUCAAGCAGCUGAACCUCUGGUCCACACAGUUUGGUGAUGCUGGGCUGCGCCUCCUCUCUGAGCACCUGGGCUCCCUGCAGGUGCUGAACCUGUGUGAGACUCCUGUCACUGAUGCCGGCCUGCUGGCCCUCGGCUUGCCUUGCACGCAGGUGUGCUGUGGUUGAAGUGGC